UCCAUGCCGGCGGGGCGCGGGCCGGGGCGCACGGGGACGCACGGGGGCACGGGGCUCGGCCCGGGCGGCGGACUCAGCAGGGACCGCGCCACUUCAGGAGGGCAUGGGGAGCUCGGCGCCUGCCCGUUCUCCUUUGUGACGGCGGCUCUUCUGGAAGGGGCGGCUGGCGCGCUCGCCCACGGGCGGGAGGGCUCGAUUCUGGCCCGCGGGGCGGCCGGGACCCCGCUUGGCUCGCUCACCCUCGCCUCCUCCUCCUCCUCCCGCAACUCCUUCUCGCCUCCUCCUCGCCGCCGCCGCCCCGCGACCCGCUCCCCGUGGGCGCUCCGCUCGAGUGAGGUCCUGCGCCAGCCGCGGGGACGAGGAGUGCGGACCUCGCCUUGGGCGCCGUGCACUUUUUUCCCCCUUUCCUCCCUCCCUCUCUCCUGGCAGGCAGCCGCGGAGGCUGUCGAUCCCGGAGGCCCGCAGCAAAUCAGAGCCCGGCGCUGCAGCUCGGCCCGGCCAGCCCCCGCCUCCCACUGGGCGCCGCGGGCGAGGGGUGCCCGCACCUGGCCGAGCGCCAAGACCCAGUGCGGAGGGGCCGCAAAGUUUGAUCUCUUCGAGUUCGAAAGAAAGAGCUGCGGCUCACCCCGCCUAACUUUUUCAUUAACGGGGAGGAACUCAGAGCUCCUCUUCUGGGUGGAGACUAAACUUCCACUCCAGCCAGAUCGGGGCGCCCAAGACUGUGGCGACGUGUCAACCCGGACAGAGGACCUUCCACCUCCCUCUUAACUGCAGAUUGACACGGGACCCCAGUUAGGGUCUCCUGUCCCAAGAGGUCCCAAGCCUCCAUGUACUUGGACACCCACCGAACAUCUGGGUUAUUAAUCAGGCGAAGUUUGGCUCUGCUGUCCGGCCCUCCCCCAGACCCCUUCCCCUGGCUCCUGCCUACUCCCUGGUGGCCUCUCCGCAAUAAAAAGGAAACCAAAGAAGACCUCCCCUCUGGGAGUUGACAGCUGGCUCAGCAGAGGGCAUUCCUGAUCUGCUGCCCGGGGGAGGAGCCGCCGCCUGCCCCUCCCGCCUGCGCUGCUUCCAGCCCUUCCAGGUCUCUAUGGCAGGAGGCCUGCCCGGCCCUGGGUGCUGGGUGGGCGCCUCCCCCUCGGACUUCCCCAAGCCCAGGGGGCCUCUCCGCACUUCUUCCCGGAGGGCUGCAGGGUUGUUGUUAC